GUUUGGGGAGGGGCUUCAAGGGGUUAGAAGGCAGAGUCCAUCCUGCCAUUCGCCUGGUGAGCUCCAGCCACCGCCUGGAGGUUGGCAACCCUCUCCUCCCCCAGCCUCCAACAGACAGCCCGCCCGUCUGCGGUGUCACGGGUACCUGAGGACAGACGCGUGGGCCAACGCGCGUCACCGAUUGGUCGGCGCGUUCGUGACAUCACGCAAAACGGCUUGGGAGCAGUGAGGGGAUGGCGGGGAGUGGCCUGCGUCCUACGCCCUGAUUGGCUGGCAGUGUUUGUGACGUAGACGACCGGAACUUGUCGUGGCUGCCGUUGGGAGCUGCUCGAGGCGGCGUGGAGGGGCCGCGUGGAAUCCUGGUGCCCACGAGGAGGCUCGCUCGCGAAGCAGUCUGCGGCCACGCUAUGGAUUACCUGUCUAAGCCUGGUCUCUUCAACCUAAUUGCCGGAGUCGCCUGCGGGGUAUGCCUGGGUUGGGCCCUUCGGAGACAGUUCCACCGCCCGUCCAAAGCCAGACUGGCCCUGGCUGCCAAUGAACUGGGUGACGGGGCCACCAGUAUGAGCGAAGGUGGGGAGUUCAAGAUGGUGAUUGUGGUCCGCACUGACCUGAAGAUGGGGAAGGGCAAAGUGGCCGCCCAGUGCUCCCACGCCGCCGUCGCGUCUUACAAGCAAGUCAAUCGCCUAAACCCCGAACUCCUGAAACAGUGGGAAUAUUGCGGCCAGCCCAAGGUGGUCUUGAAGGCUCCCGAUGAGGAGACCCUCCUGCAACUCCUGGCAGAGGCCAAAUCGGUGGGCUUGCCGGUCAGCUUAAUCCAGGACGCAGGACGCACGCAGAUCGCUCAGGGCUCCCGAACGGUCUUAGGCAUCGGGCCAGGACCGGCUGAGAUGGUGGAUAAAGUCUCGGGCCACUUAAAACUCUUUUGAAGGGAAAAGAAACACAUCCUGAAACGGUGGUGUGGAAUAUAAUCACAAUUCAUUUUCUGCUGGGUUUUUUUAUAAUAUAUGAAGAUCAUGCAUCUACCUACACUCUGACGCUUGUUUCAUAAAUCAGUUUGUAAACCA